AAUAUGUUGCACGGAUCGACUGGUCGAACCAUCGAAUCAAUGGAGAUUGGAGCAAGCUCGUGUGGUCGGUUGAGGAACAGAGUCUGCUUCCUCUGCGAACCCCGCGCCGCCCUUCCGUCCAGCUCGCCGCUUUCCACCAAGCUGCACCGCCCCCGUCGACCUCGUAUCUGCGCCGCACCCCCUCUGGGGCCUCCUCUUCGACGCACCGUGUCCUCAUUCUCCGGGACGCGCCGCCCCCCUCGCCUCCGCCCGGACCGCGCGGCGCCGCCUCCCCGUCUCCGCCCGCCACUGCCUGAGCAGCUCCGCGCGGCGGCAAGACCUCGCCCAAGCCGGCCGCACCAACCCUCGAGGCAGCUUACAGGGGCACCUCAUAUCAUCCCUAAUUUCACUAACAUAUUUACUGCACUUAGUAAAAAGCAGGGCUACAUUAAUCAGUACUGUUCCAAUACUGGCUGCAUUAUGCCAUAAAUUGUUCAUUUCUAGCUGUCUGGCAGGUCAUACUUCUAACACCAAACAAAUGUUUAGGAAAUACUAUCACUUGUAGCCAGUAUGUCAACAGUAUGCGGUGGUUUUCAUUCUCAUACACAACAAAUAUGAUCUCAGCUUAUGCUUUUACGAAGAAAUAACAGUUAACAUUGUAGUAUUAGGCUAUUAGCUACAGGUAAGAGCGCAUAUGUUUUCUGCUUGCUUAAGAACUUAGGCCACUAAAGUAUAAUAGUACUGUUGAUAAUAUCAUAAGCUCAUAGCCUUAGUAUAACAGUUGCUAAUAUGUGGCUUCGUGUGCAGGUAUUUGCUUUGAGAGAUGCAGGGGAUUUAGCAGAGAAUGCAACGGCUUAUGUCAGUUUGGAGCCCUGCAACCACUACGGGAGAACCCCUCCCUGCACUGAAGCACUCAUCAAAGCCAAAGUUAAGGAGGUUGUGGUGGGGAUGACUGACCCAAAUCCUAUGGUAGCAUCCAAAGGGAUUGAAAAACUCAGAAACGCCGGGAUAGAUGUAAGGGUUGGCGUGGAGGAAGCAUUAUGUCUCAGAUUAAAUGAGGCUUACAUUCAUCGCAUGCUUACUGGGAAGGCCUUUGCAACUUUGAGCAGAACCACACUCUCGAUGAACGGAAUUGUCAUAAAUCAAAUUGGGAGCGGAGCUGAUCAACCAGGAGGAUACUACUCGCAAUUAGCGAAAGAAUACGACGGAGUUAUAAUUUCAAGCGACAUGGCCAAGGCGACUACCUUACCAAUAUCACGCGAGGCUGGCGCAAAGCAGCCUCUUUACAUCAUCAUAGCGCAGGAAGAAGGUUCCAAAUUACACAUCCCGUUUCUCGACGAGGAGUCUGCAUCUAGCGCCAUAGUCCUGGCCGAUAGUCCCGUCACUGUGGAGCCAUCGGGAGUCAGCGUUUCUGUCCUCGAUCAGAUGAACCUGGAGUCCGUCCUUCAACUUCUCGCAGAUCGAGGGUUAUGUAGUGUCCUGGUGGAUUUCAUAGAUGACGGGGCUGGCCUAGUGUCGCUGCUGAAGAAUUUUCAGGAGGACAAGCUGGUGCAGAAGGUUGUUGUGGAGCUCUCUCCUGUCUGGAUGGUGAGCCCAGGGCUGAGCGACCUGGCGUUUGGUGGCAGCCAGUCGUUUCCACUGAAGAAUGUGGAGCACAAGGAGGUGAAUAGAACUUUGCUGCUUGAGGGAUAUUUGUAGCAUCUUAUCUUUUCUGUCUGAUGAGGAUUUGUGGCCUCCUGUUGUAAACACCCAUCCAUGUAAACUUGAGCCUGAACCUGCAUUCAUGCGGAGCUGAAUUCAUUUUCUUUUGUUCUUCCAUGGACAAAUAGUUCUUGUAAGGUAAAUCCAGCUUUUUUUGUUCUCGGUCCUGCUUGUGAAAAUUAUUGUGAGUAACAAUUGUUGU